AUGAGGACGGAACGCGUGCAGCCCGAUGCCGUCUGCCGCAACCUGCCCGCGAGGAGGGCGUCGAUCAAGCCCACCCCGGGCAAUCGGCUGGCCAGCGUCAGCGUCAGGGCAAAGCAGCCGGAACUCGUUGACAGCAAGCAGGCUGUAGCGAGUCGCCGGCCGAUUUUGAUUGGUGUCCUUGGGACGUGUGCGUCAUUGGCUUGUGUGGGUGGUGCACAAGCCCUCACCAGGGCUGAGGUGGACAAGCGCAAGGCGACGAUCGAAAACCAGGAGGCCAUGUUGGAGUACAUGCUGGAGCAACAGCGCACUCUCAGCAAAGCCAAGGCAGCAGCAAAGGAGCAACAGAUAGAGUCAGAGGCUAGUCAGAUUGAGAACAGAAUAACUCAGCAAAUCACAGCCGAUCGGGUAGAUCCCUCCAAAGCCGAGGAAGUGCCCAAAUUGGAGUCCGCCAUUGAGGAGGUGCAGGCGGCCGAGGCCAAGGCGGAGGCCCAGGUCAUCCGGGAAGAGAUCCUGGAGGAAGCCAAAAGGGUGGGCGUGGAGCAGGACAUAAGACUCGAGGCGGCGAAGGAGGAGGACGAAAUAUCAAAGGCGGUUGACGCGUUCGUGGCCAACAUGUCAUCGAUGCAAUGA